UUAACGUGGGGAAAUCUUGCAUAAGACCCUCUGCCGACCCUGCGGGUGGGCGGCGGGGGAGUGUCAGAUUCCUACUGACUAAAACCCCACGACCAUCGACAUUGGCGCUUUCAAUAACUAUUUAUCUAUGUAUAUAUAUGUUUUCCUCAGAGGGUAAUUAAGGGGUAUGUUUUCUCACCCUUUACCCGCGGGGGUGGCGUAUUCUAGGAACUAUUGGUUGGAGGUAUCAUGUCUAGUGGUGGAGGCACCUUCCCCUCUACUGGCUUAGAUCGCCAUUUUGCCUUGGGGGACGGCAUGCGCGAUCGAGGGUGUAUCUGUAAUCACUGGUUCAGUCAUAUUCGUACUGACUAUUUGAUACGAUGGAGUAGAAAACAAUAUAUUAUUUAUUAUCUAAUGAUUGAACAUUAUACAUAAUGGCUUUCAAGGAUUAGGAACUAUAUAACAUUACCUAUUACUUUUAAAGUAUUUCAGGAAAAUGUUGAAUGCAAUGAAUGUUAAUCUUGAAUUUUUAUUGUAUGGGAAAUAAUUUGUUUUCUUUCGUGCGACAUCUUUAAAUUCAAACAGCGUGAUAAUAUAUUGUCUGUCAACGUAAUCACGUGUAAAUACGAACAUAUAAAAUCAAGGAAACAUGAAUUUAAAUUAUAUACAAGAAAAUCAUCAAAUGAAAAGACAUAGUAAACUUUUAUAUCGAUACGGAUAUUUUCUAUCAAUGCUUUUCUGUAUGAUACUUGCAUCUAUUAGACCACACUUUGGCAAGACAAAUGGUAUUCUCAAUGGGAAUGUUAUCAUUCGUUAUUUUGCUGUGCCUUUAACAUAUCUGGAAGCAGGUUUAUUAUGUGAUCCUAAAUCACUAUAUUCAACAUUAAACAAUGGCCCUCUUUUAAUAUUUACAAUGAUCUUUAUAUACAUACUAAUGCCAUUUUUAAUGAAGAUCGGAGUAUAUUUAUUAGUAUACGCCGAUGUUAAUAUAUGGCUGUUAAAGGGAAUGGAGGUACUUUACUGCAUGCCACCUCCAUUCAAUACAAGUUUUGUUCUAUGUAGAUUGGCAAAAGCAGACUUGUCAACAAGUAUUGUGAUAACUUUGGUAUCUCAUUUCGGAGGAUUAUUUAUAUCUCCUAUAUUAUUAUAUUUUGUGUUAGGAGCAUCUACACCUCCUCUGGUUGGUGUAAACAUUAAAGAAACCGUUUAUAGUACAAUUAUACCAUUAAUCAUUGGUAUUACAAUUCAAAUUGUUAUUUUAAAGUAUGAUUUUUGUUUCAAAAUUAAAUCCCCAUGGUUUUCUCAAGCAUUGUUAUUAGCUACAGCGUAUCACUGGUUUUGUGAUGCAGUCUUAGUGGAUGCAUCAUCUUUACAAGCCACCGAUGUGUUAUUGUGUGUAUUAAUAGCUUGCGUGGGACAACUCUUUGUUAGCUGCUUAUGUUGGAUUUUGUGCUCUCAAUGGUUACCUCGGGAUAUCGUACUAGCUACACUUUUUACAAGUACUCACAAAUCAGUUGGUCUUGGCAGUUGGAUUUUACGUGGUGCUUAUCAUGGUUCAGCUCAUGGCCCAGCAGUGAAUUUACCAUUAUGUAUACUACCAGUUGCACAAUUAUUGUUGGGUAGUUUAUUGGCUAGUUGGUUGUCUCCAUAAUGUAAAAAGUCUCACAUGUAAAAUUUAAACAAUGUUAUUUAUAUUUUAUUCCUUGUUACAAAUUGCAUGUAUGUACUAUUUUUUAAAUGUAAUUUAUUUUUCAUUUUCUUACGUGCUGUUUGAUACAUGUCUCAGUUCGUUGCUCUUAAAACAUAGUACAAAAAGUACAUGCUACUUUUACAGUAAUUUUGAUUCUGAAAUACUGUACAACGAUUUACUUAAUAUUAUUGAAGAAAGAAGAGAUUAUUUUAAAUACCACAUUAGCUAUAUUAGAAAGAAUAGUUUAUAGGAAUGGAGUAAAAAAUUGUUUUUCUUGACAAAAUAAAUCAAUCUUUUUAUUCUUGUUUCAUAAAUUGAUACCGAAUGUAAGUAAAAAAAAUUAGCUAUAUAAAAAAGUUGCCUUAGUAACUAGUGUUUGAAUUUGAAAUAAGAGAAAUUUCUUAAGUAAAUUACAUUUUUAGAACGUAAUAUUUAAAACUAAAUUGUCUGCAUCAUUGAACUUUUAAAAAUAAAAUACUUAAUAAAAUAUUGGGUAGGAUUUUACUUGAAAUUAUUUUCAAAAUGUAUCAAAUAAGUUUAUUUCUAUGUAUAACGAAAUGCCAAAGGCAUUAAAACAUAGUCUGUGAUUUUCUUUUUUCUAAGUUUCACGUACAGUGCACACGAAAUUUGUUUAUUGCAGAAUUUAAUACUUACCUUGGAAAUUAAUAUUAAGAAUUUGUAUGUAACAAUUAUAUAUAUAUAUAUAUAUAUAUUAUUUUUUCAGUAUAUAUUGAAACAACUAGUGUAAAAUUAUGCACGAAUAAAGUUUUCAAUUCUAA